AGGGAGGGAGGCAGGCAGGCUGUAGACACAUAGACACACUCCACCACCACCACCACUCAGCGUUGCUCCCGCUCCCGUUGAAGUUGGAGAGGCAUUUCAUUUCAAGGGCCAUUAAGUCCUGUCUCCUCCCCAUAGCGGAAAGAGCACCGUGAGAUUCGACAUUCUACGUCUCUGAAAAGAAAGCGAGACAAAAAUAGCCUUGCCUCCCCUCUGAGCUCUACAUCCUAGCCUGCCCUGCCCUCGACUAUUAAAACUGUAAUUACACUCUUUAUGGAGCUAAUUCCCAUUUGCUGCUGCCCUACGUGGACCACUCAGCACUCACAAAAAGCAUCAUUAUGUGGUGGUACUAACUGCCCCGUGUCCUCCAAAACCAGCACAGAAAUGUUAUGUAUGCAGUUAAGAAAAUGUUUGACGGGAUGGAAACCUGUUUUAGGAAAACGGGGAAAGUGAACCACAAACAGUAAAAGCUGUUAGUGGGUCAGAUUGGCAGGUUAUGGCAGCUCUGUGGGAGUCUGUUUUCCCCCGCUGGUAUCUCCUCUCACACGCAAUCCUCCUCAGUCCUCACACCUCGCCCUCAUACAGGCUGGAUUGGAUCUGUAGCUAGCUGGUGUUAGGCCUCAAACUGUGUUUUCGGCACGCCAAGACUUUCUGGAGGGGUGGAGGAGCAAUGAGGGAUGGAGGUUGAGGGAUAAUGGAGGAAUUCUAUCAAUCACUCACUGUAUUGUAUUCAGAAUGCCCCAUGCAAAUAUUUGGGAUUCCAUUGAAAUAAAUACCAGAGAAGAAGACUCCAGUGGUGUGUAGAGGAAAUGAGACAGAACUCCUUCCCCCCUCCACCAACACCCUAAAUGGAACAGAAAUAGAAUGUUAAUUCAUAUAAAACACUCAAAUUAGAUUUCCCUCCAUGAGUUCCUCUCUGUCCCCUUCCCUUUGCAUCUCUCUUCACACACGCACACCGAGACACACUUGUCGUCUCUUCUUCAGCUUGUGCUGACUUGAAUGUACACUCUUGCUUCAAAUUAGGUCGAGUUACAUGGUGUUUCCGUUUAUCUGCUACUGGGAUAGGGUCAUGGGACUGUACCCCUGGAGCCAGACUCAUGCUUGUCAUAUGAGCUUCAGGGCCAACCCACCGCACCGAAAACAGGAAAGAAAGAGAGACCGAGAGAAGGGAAGGAUAGGGAGGAGAGAGAAAGUGCCUAGGAAGUGAGAGAGGAGGGAGAGGAAGAUGGAGGAUUUGAGAUGGAGAGUCAGGGCCACAGCUACUCGGUGAGCCCGGAGUUGCUGCUGGUGCUGUGUUAUGGUCGAAAAAGAUGGAGAAAGAGGGGAGGAGGAGAAGGAGGAGGGGAGAAGGAGAAGGAGGAGGAGGGAAUGGAGGAGCCCCCAUCUCCCAAGAGCAGGAGUGUUCGCGUCCUUACCGUCUGCUGAGUUGGAUGAGGCAGACCCGUCCUACUCCAAGCCCCAGCCUCACUGGUUCCACACGCUGCAGAUCCGCCAGCUGACGGCCCAGAGAGGACGCAGCAACAGUGACCCUAUGGGAGGAAAGAGUUUCGAUCAGGACUUCCAAUGGAAAACAGGCCUACAGUUUGGCACAGCUAACUCCUACCUGAACCUGGAGAAGAUAGGAGAGGGGACAUACGCUACAGUCUACAAGGGAAUCAGCCGGAUAAACGGGCACCUGGUGGCCUUGAAGGUGAUCCGUAUGAAGACUGAAGAAGGCGUACCAUUCACUGCCAUCCGAGAGGCGUCCCUCCUGAAAGGCCUGAAACACGCCAACAUUGUCCUGCUCCAUGACAUCAUCCACACCCAAGAGGCACUCACAUUUGUCUUUGAGUACGUACAAACAGACUUGGCUGAGUAUAUGAAGCAGCACCCGGGGGGCCUGCAUUCCUACAAUGUCAGGAUCUUCAUGUUCCAGCUGCUGCGGGGUCUGUCCUACAUCCACGGUCGGAGGAUCCUGCACCGGGACCUCAAACCCCAGAACCUGCUCAUCAGCUACCUGGGGGAGCUCAAACUGUCCGACUUCGGGCUGGCCCGGUCCAAGUCCAUCCCGUGCCAGACCUAUUCGUCUGAGGUGGUGACUCUGUGGUACCGACCUCCUGAUGUCCUCCUGGGUUCCACUGAUUACUCCACUGCUCUGGACAUCUGGGGAGCUGGAUGCAUCUUCAUUGAGAUGCUCCAGGGGACGCCAGCCUUUCCAGGGGUGGCAGACGUCUUUGAGCAGCUGCAGAAAAUAUGGGCUGUCGUCGGGGUCCCGACUGAGGAGACGUGGCCAGGAGUGAACGAGCUGCCCAACUUCAGACCAGAAUGGUUUCAACCAUGUGAGCCCCAGCAAUUCAGGAAUGUUUGGAAAAGACUGUCCCAGUUGCCCUAUAAGACAGAGGACCUGGCCCAGCAGAUUCUGAUCUCCAUCCCACGAGACCGCAUCUUGGCCCAGGAUGCACUGCAACACCCCUAUUUCAACACGCUACCGCCCCCCAUCAUGCAGCUACGAGACACUGUAUCAGUCUUCAAGGUCCCCGGAGUGAGGCUGGAGACAGAGGUGAAGGAUAUCUUCAGUCUAAGGAUCAGACCGUCCCAGCUGGUGCCCUUGGCUAAGUGCUGGUGAUAAUGGACCUCUAACCCCCUGGGCUUGGCCCCUAACCCCAGGCCCCUAGCCCUGCCUGCAGGCUAGACCACCAUCUGAUCAAGAUGGAGAGGCAUGAGGCUUCACACACACAACACUUACCUAGACCCCCAGCGUCCUCCACCAACCUCUGCUCUUGACUCCACCCAGCAUUCCUCAGUCAGAGUUCCCAUGUUGUAAGAAGACAGGAGAGUAUAUACUCUCUAUCUGAGACCCGAUGUCUGUUGUUGGUGGCAACGGAAAGCUACGCAACGUCUAAGAGAACUGUCAGGAAGCUCAGAACUCCUUAACAUCUUCCUCCUUACCACCUCCUCCUGCUUCCUCCCUCCUCCUUCUCCUUCUCAGAGCGUCUCCCUGGACUCACUAUGCUCUCUUUGCCUCCUCCUAAAUAUUCACUGAGGUUCAAUGAUGACGAUGGGUUUGUUUUUCAGGUGAGUGUUUUAUUUUGUACUGCCAAAACAUGCAUAUAUUAUAUACCUCUUAUGUUAAUCAGGUCCUUGUGGACCAUGAUUGUUCUUUUGCACAGCAUGCAGGUGGGUAUCCCUGCAACAGAAUGACUGUGACGGUUGUGUGUACGCUGUUGCGUUGUGUGUACACUGUAAUUCAUGUUGUAUUGUAACCAUAAAACUUCCUCCUUAACACCCCAUAUAGCGUAUUUUUCGGCAAUCUUGUGAUGUCCACUCUUCAAUUGUCCUACACUUGGGUGCAGCUUGCCUUUAAAAUGUGUAUGUGUUUUUCGUGAGAAUGCGUGAAGGAGUGUGUGAGUCAAUAAAUGUUGCAGUAGUGAUA